AUGCAGCUUGAGUUAUACAAUAAGAGAGAUGCAGAUGAGUUCAUGACCUUGUUUGAUCCUGACUGCCAGCUGCUCGACCUACAAACCGGCAAGGAGCUCGCUAGAGGCCACGACCAGAUUCGGGCUCGUUACAUCGAAAGAUUCAAGAGUCCAGUUUAUUGCUCUUUGUACGGCAGACUUGCGAUCGGAAAGGUCGUAGUUGAUCGAGAGCAUAUCAGCGGACUACCGAAUGGUGCAGAAGCAAACUGCAUGGCUGUAUACCAAGUCAACGAAAGAGGUCUCAUACAUAGAGUGCAAUUUGUGUGGGAAGACAUCAAGCCUUCCAAAUAA